AUGCGAUUCCUACCCACCGUCAUCGCAGUCCUCGCUGCCGCCCAGGGCGCCUUCGCUCUCGAUGUGCAGAAAGCAGUCAUCGUCACCUUCCCCAAGGGAACGCAGCAGGACAUUGUCAAGCAAGCGAUGGAUGACAUCCGGGAGGCCGGAGGCAAGAUAACACAUGAAUACAAGUUGAUCAAGGGUUUCGCCGCCAGGGCCCCGCAGACGAUCAUCGAUAGCGUAAAGACGUGGAGCGCGCAGUACAAAGGGGCCAUCGAGAUGGACCAGAUGGCCGAGAUCCAGACGAACAACGCGCACUAG